CUCGUUCGUACGGUGUGAAGGUCUUAUUGGAACUGACUGAUGCAAGACCAAGGGAUAGGGUGUCCUCUAAGUUCCUUUAAGAACAUUCAUUUUGUGCGUGAAAAAUGUCUUUUCUAACAAUUUUUCAUUGAUUUUCUUCACAUUUUCAUACUUCAUUUGUGAAAAUCUUCAUAAAAGAAAACUCAACAAUGCAAAUCAAAGCAAAAUAAGAAAGAAAAGAAGCAGAGAAGCUAACAAUUAGAGGGUUUUAUGGGACACACUAACGUAGAGGGCGCAAAAGGUAAAAAGUGUCCCAAAAAAGUUUAGCAAAAAAAAGCGAAAAAAAGGCUUUUGUUACGCGAAAAGUGAGUUUUGAUUUUUCACGCGUUCCUCAAUCAAUUUCGCGAAUAUUUUCACGCUCAAUUAGCAGUCCCAUCCAUUCCUCACAAUGUCCGAUAGUGCAGGAAGUUCACAGAAGGACGAACCCUUUGAUAAUUUCUACACAGAGGUGAAAGAAAUUGAACGUAGGGACUCUGUACUGACGUCCAAGCAGCAAAUUGAACGCCUCCUGCGACCAGGUUCAACGUACUUCAAUCUCAAUCCGUUCGAAGUGCUCCAGGUGGAACCAGAAACACCAGUGGAGCAGAUCAAGAAGAAGUACCGGAGUUUGUCGAUUCUCGUGCAUCCGGAUAAGAAUCAAGAUAAUCAGGAGAAGGCACAGCAGGCAUUUGAGAUUGUUUGCAAAGCCUGGAAGACACUGGAGAAUGAUGUGACCAGGAAGAAGUGCUUGGAUGUCUAUGAGGAGGCCAAAGAUCGCACAGAUCACAUGAUUGCAGAGAAGCGGAAAAAGAUGAAAAAGGAAGGACGUGGGGAUGAGCUUGUUCCCGAGGAUGAUCCCAAUAAAUACAAACACGCAGUGUACGUCAUGACAAUGAAGCUGUUUGCCGACAUGGAGCGUCGACGGCAGCAACUUGAGACACGCGAUCAGGAAGAGCGGAAGCGCAAGAGGGAGGCAGAAAUUGAGGAGGAGGAACGGAUAGCGCAGGAUCGUCUGUGGCAGAAGACGUGGGAAGAUUCACGACAGAGUCGCGUUGAUAGUUGGCAUAGUUUUCAAGCGGGCACAUCGUCGUCCAAGAAGAAAAAGAAGCCCAAGAAGGCGAUGGAAUUUAAUCCGCCAAAAUUGAAGCCUGAAUCACGAUAAAAAUCUGCUCAUUUCGCUAAACAACGCACACACACACACAUCUCCAAUAGAAUGGUUCAUUUUCCGCGGGGGAUUUUUCCUGCAAAACAAACUGCAACUCAUUUUUUCCUCUGCUGCAUUACUAAUCCGAUAAUCUCA